GUAGACGGAGAGAAGGGGAAAGAGUGCGAAGGGGAGGGAGGAGGAACUACAGAAAAAGUUAGUCUAAAAAUGGCUUCCUUUUCUUUGGAGGCAGGAGUAGAAACUGAAAACUCCUCACCAGAAUCGGCUCCGGAACCGGGGAAGUUGAAAGAAGAGAAUGCGGACCCCGACGACGAUUCAGAGCAGUUGUUUGAAACUUUCGAGAGCUCUGCGCUUAGCUUCUCGACCGACCAGUUAGCAUGUCUGUGCGAGGCGCUUCUACAGGCGGGCAAUGUGGAUCGCCUGUGCAAAUUCCUCUCCUCCAUCCCUCCGACGGCCGACCUGCUACGUGGCAACGAGACCCUAUUGAAGGCCCAAGCACUGGUCGCUUUUCACCGGGAGGAAUUCAAGGAGAUGUACGCGAUUUUGGAGAGCCACUACUUUCACCCCAGCAACCACGGGUUCCUUCAGGACCUUUACUUACAGGCGCGCUACAAAGAGGCAGAGAGGUCCCGGGGUCGUACUCUGGGCGCAGUUGACAAGUAUCGACUGAGGAAGAAGUUUCCCCUGCCAAAAACAAUCUGGGACGGAGAGGAGACCGUGUAUUGCUUCAAGGAGAAGUCCCGCAACGCGCUUAAGGAAUGCUACAAGAGCAAUAGGUAUCCGACACCAGACGAGAAGAGAAACUUGGCGAAAGUAACCGGACUCUCUCUCACUCAAGUCAGUAACUGGUUCAAGAACCGUCGCCAGAGAGAUCGAACCCCGUCCGGUGCCAACAGUAAAAGUGAGUCUGAUGGAAAUCACAGCACAGAGGACGAGGCCAGCAGGGGUGGUCUGGAAGACAUCACCUUGACACCUGUCGCCCACGACAACCCCGGAUGUACCACAGCCUCCCUCAUCUCCCUCUCUGGCACUCCCUGCAGCUCUGGAGGUCAGCUGCUCCUCAACGGUACCGGUGGUUUUCUCACCACCUCUCACCCGCUUCUCCUUAAUGGAGGCUCCCUGCUUUCGGGGCCCGGAGGGGGGGUCAUCAUCAAUGGGCUUACCCUGAGCGACGGGCACACCAUCCCCCUGAGCCCAGUAAUGGGCAACCCUCCUCUUCUCCUCAACGGGGCCCAGAUCAUACCCAAAAUAACCGGGGGCGUGGACCUGGGUCCCGAGGACCAGGCCGGGACCACCCAAGCUGCCCUGCCCGCCAUCGUCCUGAACCCCGGCGUCAAUCCCAGCACUGCUGUGUCUCUCCCGCUGCCGGUAGACACCAAGCCGACCUCAAGCAGUGCUGGAGCCACGGUCAUCGCCACCGUCGAGUUCAUCAGCUCCUUGGCUGUGCAAGAUGGCCUGACUGUGAAGCCUGAAGGCGAUGCCCAGACCCUGUCCCCCACUUCUGCCUCCCCAGCCACCCUUCCCUCUUCUGCCCUGGUCCAGACCAGCAGGCCAUCCGAAACCCCUGCCCACACGGUGGCCCGAUCCCAGCAAGGCCAGGUGGUGCCCAUGCCUGCCCAGAACCCGGAGAUGGUGGUGUUUGCCACCGCUGGGUCCCAGCUGACCCCCAGUAGCCAGAUCUGCCAGGUGGUCUCCUCGUCCUCUGGCCCCGUGCCCCAAGUGCUGUCUCUGCCCCAGGUGGUCCCCUCUAUCCAGGGUGUUCCCGUGUCCCAGCUGGUCCAGCACCAGGCUGGCUCGCAGGUCUCUCCGUGCCCCCAGCUGGUGCCUGUGUCACCCCUCACCGCGCAGCUCCCCCACGGGACCCCCGUCCCACAGUUCCAUCCUCAGACCCUCCACAUCGCCUCCCGCCUGGCCCCGGCCCAGCAGCUGCUUGGGUCCUCCACCCCAGGCGAGGGUGCCGCAUCCAUCUCCCAGCAGGUGCAGGCAGGGCUGGCGCUCCAGCUGGGCGACCAGCCAGCCCCGGCCACCACCCCUCUGUCCACCCAAAUACCCGGGACCCAGAUCAUCCCCAUCUCCUCCCCGACGCAGGUUGUCCCUGCGGCAUCCCAGACGGGCCAGGCCACCGCGACCCACCUGGUCCCCCUGUCGCUACCCCAGCUGGUACCUGUGUCCUCUGUGCCUUCCGCCUCCUUCCCCCAGGUGGUGCCAGCCUCCCCCUCCCUCUCUUUCUCCUCGCCCAGCGGGGCCUUUCAGAUCCUGACCUCCAGCACAGGGCCCAGCAUGGGUGUGGCCCAAGGGGCAUUCAGGGUCAACCAGCUGGGGCCACUGCAGACUGUGGGGGCCCCUGCCGGCGGUGCCUCGGGGGUCCAGUUCCUGAACUCUGCACCCCAGUUCAUUCAGCUUCCUGCAGGCUCCUCUGCGGGGAAUCUAGUCCUUGCAGGAGGGAUGGGUGGCAGUCCCAUUCUCACUGGCCUCAGCAUCCAGCAAGGCAAGCUGGUCCUGACCAUCCCAGCAGGAGUCCAGUUUGCCAACCUGCCCAUCAAGUCUGGCCUGGAAGAAGCCUCCAUCGCUGCCAGUGUUGCCCCCAGCAACGGGGGCUUGCCCCUCACCCCCAUCAUCUCUCUUGCGCCCACCCCUGCCCCAGCCCCUGUCUCUUCCUCAGCCUCCCCCACCCUCUCCUCCACCUCCUUUCAGACUCCAGAAGUCUCCCUCGGGUUCAUUGGCUCGUCUGCGCUCUACUCCAGUCCUGAGCCGGGGGCCCCUGCCACGCCCGCCUCGGGCGGGGCCUCCCCGCCCACUCCGCAGCAGGCGCUGAGCCCCGAGAGUCUCCUGUCCCGCAGCCCCGCCUGCCCUGUCUCCCUGUCGGCCCCCGCGCAGCUCCCCCCCUCCGCCUGGAGCCCUGUGUCCCUGCCGGGGGCCGCUGGCCUGGCCCUAUUCGACGUCCGCGGGAAAGGGGAACUGGGAGAUGAGCAGGGCCUGCUGGGACUGGCCGGCAGUGAGGGGCUCCUCCUUGGGACCUCCCCUCUGGAUGGGGAUGUCGGGGGUGCGCCGAGGGGGCUGGAGGACUCUGAGGACGCGGACGGGGAUCCCAAGAUCCUCACCCAACUUCAGUCUGUGCCGGUGGACGAGGACUUGGUUCUGUGAUGCGGUUUUCCAGAGGGCUGCCCCUUUCUCAACCUCUUGUCCACAUCCUCUUCCCCCCCUUACCUCCCUCCCACCCUAAUCCACCCACCCCCCCAAAAUCCAAACCACCUGCAGCUUUGCCGGUCAUCCAGACCUGGGCAGUUUGGUGCACGAACACAAAGACCUGAGGUGUAGGGUCCCCUGGGACAAGAAAUGAGUGCAAUAGAGGAGGAAGAAGGGAGAGGGUCAUGCUCAGCUGACAGAGGGCCACAUAGGAAGUUGAGGCUUGUGGGGGCAAGAACAGUGGUUCACCAGUACUGUUUGGAUGUCAUGUGACUUUGAUACUGGAGGUAGAGACUCCAGUUUUGGGGGUUUGAGAGUGGACAACCUCACUCUUUCUCUUGCUCAGCAAGGGAAAAACAUCAGCUGCCAUUUUGGCAGUGGCCAAGACACUCCAAUAGGGGAAGUUUGAGGUGUUCCUGCUUCCUGCCUUUUUUUGUGUACUACCAAGUUUUGAGUGCCUUUUUGGGUGUCCCCAAAUCAAUCAUGGAGAGCCCUGAUUGGGGCGUGAUGAUUCUUUUAAAUGCAGGCAACAAAGCCUCGUUGUGCCACAUGGACAAUCCCUGUUACUGAAGUUUUGUAGAAAUUUGUAAGCCGUGGAGGCUUUUUGAUUCCCGUCCAUCGCCUGUCAAGCCUCCUUAAAACCCGAGGGGAACUAAAGCUGUGAGAUCUCAUCGGAUGCCUGCGUGGACAAAGCACGGCAGUCACAGGCCUCGUCAGGCUGUUUCUGAAAGGUGUGGAAACGCAGGUGUUGAACAGGCAGGUGCUUUGCGUUUGUUGGGCUGCGUAGUGUCUCUCGGGCAAAUAUCUGCACCUAGCUCCUUAACAGGCCAGUGGUGGUGCUCAAGGAAAGAAGCGGGACGGUGUUCCCAGGAGGGUGGGACACCGGUGGGACACAGGCCCCAUGUUCUGAUGUCGUGGGGGCUACGUGUGCCAUUUCAAAGGUUCAUAUUCCACCUGGCUGAGUCGCCCACAUCUGAGGCCUCCUGUCUUCGCUUCUGUCGAGCAAGCGGCCCUGUUCACACUUGGCUAUGACCUCCUGGCUGAUACUGAGAUUAUGAGAUUACCAAGAAGUUCCACAUGAGCAUAAGGUUUCUCUUUGAGUUCAUCUUGGAUUUUCUCUUCAGAUACUUUUGUAUAUCUUUUUGAUGCCGAUAUUGACAUGCACAAAACUAAAACAAAACACUACAUUUUUUUAACACUAUGCAAUCAAACACAUGAAUUAGUUUUUCUAUACAGGUCUAUAUAACUAGCAAUACGUCUUUUAAUAUUAUUGCUUUUUUUCCACAUGUAUAAGGAUGUUCCUUAGAAAUAGCAAGUGCCUUUUGUCCCAGGGUCCUUGGGUUGCUAUGUAAAUGCAGUCUUUAUAUUUCAUUUUCUAGUUUGUACAUUAAUGGCCUAAUUACUUGGCUGAGUUCUUCUACGGUUUAAAUCAAACCAACUUGCUAAUCUUAUUACAAUUUUAUCAUGAGAUUUUAUCUGAGUUCCAAAAUUGUAAACAGUGUGAGUAAUACUCAUUCCAUUAGCCCACGGGACUCAAAUUCUUCAGUGCACUUCACAUCAAGAGAAAUUCACUCCAGUAUGUAUGAGUGAUAGUGACAGUGCCCCAGACACAGCUCUGUAUGGAGCCUCACACUACUAACGGUGAUUAAAAUAAGGUAUUAUCCCUACUUGUUCGAUUGCCAUUGCUGUUCUUAGGAAGAAACACUCCAGCUAGGGUACUGUUUUAACUGAAUGCUGAGACUUGCAUGUGUGUGAUCUGUUUUCAUGUGUAGACUCCUUUAGAAGGGUAAAAAUGUAAUUUUCAAAAAAGAAACCUAGCCCAAAACACGGGAGUGUAAUGUUGAAUGUGGUCGUGAAAUGAAAUGGUUGUUUAUGGUCAUGUUACAGAACAAGAAAAGCAUCAUCUUCAUGCAGAACGUUUGAUUCAUUGUACUGUAAGAGCUCUAGCUGUUUUUACAUCUGUAGACAUAGACGCAUGUCCUGCUUUAACACACAGUUACAACGUCAGUUUCUUGAAUGCCAUAGGAUGAUAACUCUUAAAUUCUGCUCUGUACAGUAGGAUAAGAUGAUGUUUUCUGAUCACUGCAUGUCAUGUAGUUGGGAUCAGUGUGGCUUUGCGUGGCUUAUUUCUGGGCACAUUCUGACCCAAGUGACUGAUCCAGGAUCUGCUCACCUCCCCUAAUCAGAACCACAGCAUUUCUUCAUUCAGAGUGGAUAAAUAUGCAAACAUUACCCACUCUAGAUGCAGCAAUGCUAUGGUUGCUGGCAGGACCAGUGAUUUGGGCAGAAUCUGUCUGGCUUCACAAAUUGGCUGCAAACGCAGGACAUGCUCUGAUGUAUCAAUAUCUUUCACUAGUUUCUGCUGCUACCAUUCUGAACCCCCCCCCCCCCCAACCUCACCCACCAAGGGAAAAUAUGUGGUACCCAUGUUGACACUCCAGUUAAUGGGAAAUCACUUUUCUGACAUGUUGCACUUUGACAAACUGUGCAGUUUACUUGCAUCUUUUUAUUUCAGGAAGUCAGCCUAGUGUCUCCUCUUACUUUCUUAGACACGUAAGCAACAGGUUAUAUUCUGUUACAGUGUUUUAGCAACAUUAGGACAAUGUUUUGGGUUCCCUGGGUCACUGUCUGCUAGAAGAGAAUGCUUGUUCAUGCCAAUUUUGGGAAUGUAUCCUAUUUGGCAGCCCCUUUAAACUUCAGCAUGUGCCUGUGUACUUAUGACAUGUAGCUUAUAGUUGUACAUAGCAAGCAUACUAUUCCUCAGGUGUAGUUAUAUAUUACCACAUUCUGUGUGUCUUUUAAAAAUCAAUCUUUACUCAGAUGUCACAUGCUUGCAUAAAUCUGUUUUUGUUGGUAAAGAAGCCCUGGGCCUAAUUUAGCAUUAUGAAAUUUUCGGUUUGAAUAUGACAUUGUUAUGGAUUUUAAAAUCUGCCUAUCAUGGUCUUUCAAAUUUGAAGGUUAAAUGUGAAUCACAAUCGCAUCUACUUUCUACUUUUUUAGAAUACAGGUUUUGAAGGAGAACUUCAAAUGUGUGUGUGUGUGUGAGAGAGAGAGAGUGCGUGCGUGCGUGUGUGUGUGUGUGUGCGCGUGUGUGUGUGCGUGUGCAUGUGCGCAGACCUAGGGCAAUGACUGAACCAGUGUAAUUUAGGGAAGUGGACAUUAAGUCUGACUCGCACUCCGGAAACUGUAUAAAAUAUGAGCACUAAUUAUGUGAAGCAUAGGCUACGUUCAGACUGCAGAUAAGUGGCCCAAUUCCAGGUUCUCCCCUUAUGUGGUAGUUGGAUGCGAUUAGAACAGUAUACAAAGAAACCACAUAGAGUCGUAACUUAAUAUAAAAUAAAAUUGGAUAUGUAGCCUUGUGACUCAAAGUUCAAAUUGUUUUAUCCACGCAUGCAAAGACAUGAUUGGUACAGAAGGGCAUGCCCUGCCCAAUUGGAGGUAUGAACGUGAACAGUCCGACUUAAAAAUCGGGCUUGAGGAACAAAUUGGAGUCGAGCAUUAAGGCCUGCAGUCUGAAUGUAGCCGUAGUGUCUGGUUUAAAACGGUUCAUCUGUUUAAGGUUCAGGCCUUCUGGACCACAACUGCACAAUACAGCUGUUAAGCUUUACCUCCAACCAAAAAAAAAAAAAAAAUCUAAAAUCUUUUCAUUUUCUUUUAUUGUGUGUCUUCUAAACUUGCAUUACAAGCAGGCGUCAAUCUGUUUCUGGCUGGAAUUCAGAACAUCACGACGAAAGUGUCUUCGCAGGGAAGUGUUUUGGCCUGUAGCCUGAUGACUGCAGUUUCAUUUUCAGCUUCCUCCACGUGCGAUUUCGCUUUCUAAAAUACUCUAAUCCCAACGGGAUCACCAAACAAACCCUUAGUAUUGACUUUUUUUUCCCGGAAACCUUGUUCAUUCUCUGUUGUAAGGUCAACUAAUUUUCUAUGGAAACGUAUACAUUUUAUAUGCAUAUAUACUCUAAAUAGGACAUUAACACUUGUAGGAUGUUUGCCAAAGGUUUAAGUUGUAUCUUUGUGAAAUGCAUAUUGUAUUUUUUUGUAUUGAUAAGUGUAUGAGUGGGUCUCCCAAGCCCCAGGGCUCUUGGACUUGAUUGGGAGACCAUAGACAUGAGCUUCUGUGCCUCAUGGCAUCCCAUCCUUGCUGGUUUAUUUGCUGCAAAAGGAAGAGAGAAUCUGUUACGGCUGUGUCUGCUCCUGUGCGCUCGCGUUCCUGUGGGGGUUUGGACGUUUUUUUCCCCAUUUUGUUUGAAUGGCAUUUGUGAAUUUACCUUUUGUUUGAGUAUGCCACCAUCUACCUUUCUCAUGUGCACUCUUGCUCAUUCUCGCUCUCUCUCUUCCUUUUCUCACGCGCACCGACACAUGAAACCUCCAGCUGUUUAACCAAAGUUUUCUAUUUCACUUUUAAUAAAGGGAUUCAUUUUGAGGAAAGAGGAAAGGUGUUCUAUGGUGAAAACACCUCAAUUUUCUAUUUUCUUUUUUUUUUUUUUACUCAAAGGUAUUUUAUUUUUAUAAACCAUUUUAUGACAUUGUAAUAAACAUUUUAAAUGAACCUUUAAACAUUUUUAAUGUCUGUGUUGUGAGUUUUAAUUAAAAGCGGUCACAUUAA